UUUAUACACACACACUCGUACACAUUUUAUUUUCUGUAAAAAAAAAAUAGAAACAUAUGAUUAAUAAUAAAUUUAUAUAUCAACAUAAAUAAAUAAAUUAAUAAACAAUUAAAAAUUGUUGUUAUUUAGGGGGAAUUGUUUAUGAGAAUAAAUAAUUGUUGUUAUAAAUAAUUAACAAUGGCAUUUAGAGGAAUGAUGUUUUCACGUGGUUUACAUACAACAUUUGUAAAUAAUGAAGUACAUAAAUUAACAAGAUUAAGAGUUGUUGAUAACAGUGAAAUUGGUAAACAGGCUAUGGCAGAAGGUAAACCACCAAAAUGUAUUCAUAUUUACAACAAAAGAGGUUUUGGUUUGAUUGGUGAUAAAGUUUUGGUUGCAAUAAAAGGAGAAAAAAAGAAAGGUAUACUUGUUGGUUUAAAACAAAAACAAGAUAAAAAAGUACCAAGAUUUGACAGUAAUAAUUUGGUUCUUAUUGAUGACAAUGGUACUCCACUUGGUACCAGAAUUCAUGUACCAAUACCUCAUAUAUUACGUACAUUGAUGAAAGAAAAAACUCACUCAAAAGGUGCUGACUACACAAAACUACUUGCUAUUGCUCCAAGAUUUGUUUAAAACAAAUUAAUUAAAUAUGUAAAUAAUUAUAAUUAGAAAUUUAUAAAAUAAACAUUUAUAAAUUAAUAAAUAUUUCAUGGAGAAACAUCAUUUCCACAAUCCAAAAUUUAUUAAACAAGUUUUGUUGCAGGAACAAAUUUGACAAGUUUAUUGUUAAUUUUCUAUUUUAAAAAUUUUUAUUCAACACAUAUUUGAUAUUUUUCAUACAAAUUAAUAAUUAUAUAUUUUUUUUUCCCCUCAAAAUAAUAUUAAUUCAGUUGAACUUUUCAUGUACAAAAUGGCUCAAUAUAUUUUACAACAAUC